AAAAGUCGGAAGUUGCACAAUAGACAUUUUGAAAUAUGGCGGCGCCCAUGGUGAACGUGGGUGUAGCAGACGCAGCAAAUAUCCAUGCCAAUAGACAGAUCAGUGAGCUCAGAGUUCUUCAGAGUGAACUCUCAUCUCUUAAGAAAAAUGCAAAAGUCUACAAACAACAACAAAACAGCCAGGUGUUCUUUCUUACAGACAAAGCUCAUUGCCAAAGUCAAUGCAAGAAUCAGAUUGAGACGUUGGAAAAAAUGAAGAAGAAAAAAGAGCAGCAUUCCUCUUGACAGAGCGAGAUUUCGUGGAAGCUGACAUCUUACUGACCAAGAUCUAGACCAGGAUCUAGACCAGAAGGAACAAGUCUUGAGCUCUAGUGCUUGAUAUGAUGGUGGUUUCAAUCUUGAAUACAAGAAAUGUUGAGAUGUAGAGGUGUUGUGGUCUAGUGGAUAAGUCCCCAGACUAGAUCACAGGACUUUGAGAUCCUGCCACAUCACAAACAUCCUUUGGCAAGACAUUAAUCUACAUUUGCCACACUCGAACCAGGUGAGGUAAUUGGGUUCCUGGCCCCAAUUCCUCAAAAUGUUACAGCAUCGUAAUAAAGCCGAGGCAAUAGUAUUAGAGCGCCAGGAGUGUCCUGUAUGGCAGACUUCAAUGCUAUACAAUAACUCACUACUAUCGUCAUUGUUAACUAACUGUUGGAUAAAAAAUUGUAGAUGUGCAGACAGUAAAACGUUAUUGGCAUCACAGACAUAUUGAUCUCAUCAACUCGUAGGCAAUAGGCCUCUUGCUUUACAUGCUUAAUAUUUUCCUUUAAAAUGUCUUUAUUAGACCAUAAAUAUGAGAAGUCUACCCUGAUAUUAAGUUGGCUUUAAUAGGAGCAGAAAAAUGAAA